GGCCUGUCUCGAUUCCAGUGGCUACAGCAGCACAUAUCCGGACAGGGCUCCAACCGAUUGAACGCUUGUUACCGGCCCCUAUCACCUGCGUCUCCGUCCUCCAUGUCUGUGCCGUCAGUUUGUUCCGACAACUCAUCCACGGAUAUCGAUCUCAUUAUACUGACACACACGCUUCUGCGUCGAUGCAUACAUCUACGCCAGGCAAGGUUCCCAGACGGUCAUUUAUUUCCUUACGCAUGGUCUGAAAGACAAUGGCACUGUGCUACUAUGCUCGAGGAACUUUGGAUUCUGGUUGAGGGCGUUAAGAGUAGGCGGGGAGUUCAGCGUGUGAUGCAGACCUUGGAUGCCCGACCGAUCGCGCAAGAGACGUUACGACGACGCGCAGAUCGGUAUGAUCAUCAUGUGGGAAUCAUACCUCUCCCGCUCAAGCAGACUACUGCGGCUGGUACCCGACGAAUGUCUACUCGAACUCUGGAGAGUCGAUUAGGGACCAAGAGGCGUUCUUAUCUUAUAUGGAUAGAGUAUUUGUUCCACCCGGUCGAGAGCUUUACGCAGCGUACGAAGAUGACGGUUAUGCUGGCGUGAUGAUGGAGCCCCUGACGGAGGCUGAGCAACAACUGGUGGAUCGUUUGAGGAGGUUGAAAAGGUUGAGGUACCUGUGGCUCGGUUUCGGGCUCUACGAGAUACCACAUGGUCAGGGACAAGCGGGUAUGGAGGAUAAAGAAGAUAAGGAGGGGGAGUUUGAGACUGAGAUGCGCUCGGGGGAAGGUGGUCGGACAGAGAGAGUGAAUGAGUGCGGCAAGGAGCGGCAGCCGCCCGUUAUUAGUACGAACGGUAGCGCUCGAAAUAAAGUCGUAUUUGAUAUGUGUACACGGUCGAGCACAAAAAGAAAGUUGAGCGAGAUAGUUUUUAACGAACAUGGUAUACAUGGAGCUU